UGUCACCAGAUUUUUGUCGAAAGCAAAAGCAAAUGCAAGUUUUUCCGACGACUCGCCAAAACCAAUAGGAGCAGCAGCACGUAUAGCAGCAGCAGCAGCAGCAGCAGCGGUAGAGCAGCAGCCGUGCCGUUAAUUUUAUUGAUCCACCCCAAGUGACGCCCGUGCCGCAGCCGCUUCGGGAAAAUCGGGUACCAGUCUCCCCUCCCUUGACCGACCGAAACCCGCCGGAGAGGCCGCCGGAGCGCCAACGCAGCAGCAGCAGUAGUGACCAGUGAGUGCAAAGACCCGAGAGCGCCCCGGAAAAACGGCCUGCAUUGGGGUGGGCAUUUCACCCCGCUCGGAGUGCAUCCUCAGGAUAAGUUGUUCGUGUGUUCUGAGGGAAAAGAAAACGGGGUCAUUUUGCAUCCCGCGGCAAUAGGCUUCUUCUCCUCCUCCCACAUUGUGUUCCCUUUUCGGCGGACGGUGUGAACCAGCGGAUGGUACGUUUCGUGCCAUUGGAAUAACCGUCGAUCGUGUGUGUAGGUGUGAGUGUUUGUGUGUGCUCCAGUUCCAGUGGAAAGUGUCCGCAUUGUGUGUGUGUGUUUGUGUGCUUGAUCGCGUUGAGUUUUCCCCCGCGGCCCCUGUGGAAAACGCACAACAAGCAACCGUUUGGUGGCCUAAAGUAAGAAGAGCAGUGUGUGUGUGUGUCUGUGCCAGUGUCUACUGAGAUUGGAGUCGUGUGUCUAGUGUGUGUGUUUGUGCGCUCCAAGUGUGUGAAACGGGAGCAGAAGCAAUAGAAAGGAAAACACAGCGGAGGGCAAAGAAAGAGCAGUGAAGGAAAACCCUCCACAACAUAACAGUCGUCACCGCCACCACCCGUCACCCAACACGCUCCACACGAUGUCGUCAUCAGGCGAUUUUGGAAAUCCGCUGCGGAAGUUCAAGCUGGUGUUUCUCGGCGAACAGAGCGUGGGCAAAACAUCGCUAAUCACCAGGUUUAUGUACGACAGCUUCGACAACACAUACCAGGCCACGAUCGGUAUAGACUUCCUCUCGAAAACGAUGUAUCUAGAGGAUCGAACAGUGAGAUUACAGCUGUGGGACACGGCCGGCCAGGAACGGUUCCGGUCGCUUAUACCAUCCUACAUUCGUGAUUCAACCGUAGCAGUAGUGGUGUACGACAUUACAAACGCGAAUUCAUUUCAUCAAACGUCGAAAUGGAUCGAUGACGUGCGAACGGAGCGCGGCAGCGACGUGAUCAUCAUGCUGGUGGGCAACAAAACCGACCUUUCCGACAAGCGCCAGGUGUCGACGGAGGAGGGCGAGCGAAAAGCGAAAGAACUGAACGUAAUGUUUAUCGAGACUAGUGCGAAAGCCGGCUAUAACGUUAAGCAGCUUUUCCGAAGAGUGGCCGCCGCCCUGCCUGGCAUGGAUUCGACCGAGAAUAAACCACCAGAAGACACUGUCGAUCUGCAAACUCAACCAUCGAACUCUGGCGAUCAGCAAGACUCGGAGGGUGGCUGCAUGUGUUAAGAGCACAUAUGCCCCCUGCACGCUGGGAUGCAAGCAUCUGGAUGCAAACGAGAGGAAACAAACUGAUACUCCUAAUUGUGUAGCAACGAGAGCGAUAGAGCGAGAGAGAACUAGUGCACGCGCGGCAACAUCCCGUAGCUAAACUCUGUUAGUCUUCAUUUCAAGCAAAACAUACGCAACGAACGUUCGUUCAACAAUCAUCGACGCGCACGCUUUGUGAAGAGUGUUUUUCUUUUGUUCGUUGCGUUUUGGUCCUACUCGCGUAUCCAAUCCAAUGGGUGGUCAACGUUUCGAGGGCUGUAUAUGUUAGUGGCGAGUUAGUGUAUCAUUUUAGUUACUCUCUACCCUCCUUUCUGCUCUACUCUAGAUGCGAAAAAAAAACAAUGAAAUGGCGCUUUUAUGCUUAGGACCUCAUCUGGGAGGGCCUCCUCUCCCGUAUUUGCCUGCCUGAGUGUGCAUGAGUGUGUACGGCUUUAUAGGAGCGUGUAGUAUGUGACGAGUGAGAAUAGACGGACAGAAGAACGCUGGCUUCAUCACACAACACUAGGAGGGGAAACAAAAGCUUAAAACAAUAUUAGAAACACACGGAGAAGCAACAAGAGGAAGAGAAAAAAAAAGCACAAGAAACGGCAAAACGCAUAGCGAACGAUUCAAUUAGCUACAGUGUAGUGGUACGACUACACGCAAAAAAAAAAACAUUAAAUGCAUGCCAACACGUGAGUUAGCAGGAUAGCGAAGAGACAAGGUUUUUUGGAGUCAGAAAGGAGAACCAAGAAGGAUUGGUUGCAGUAGUUUAAAACAGAUUUCAUAGUACUGCAUUAAUAUGAAUGAGCAACAGGAGAGGAUGAGUUAAACGAUUUGCGAAAAAGGAUUUAUUUUACAUUUUUUUGGUUUCAAUUAAACUAAUUUACAUUCCAUUCAGUGGAAGGAUCAGUUCAUUAAUUGUUUGAAAAAUAAUAAUUAAAUUUAGUUUUUUUUUUUUUCAAUAAAAUCGUGUUGCUUAAUGUGUUAGAAACAUUCAACACCCUUUCGGUGGUUCGGUAAAAGGAACUGGUAAACACACUACUUAAUGCGCCAACGCUAACAACUCCUCCACUGCCUAACAUCAUUCAAACACAAGCAACCAACUCAUUCAUUAAUCACUAAAAACAAGAAAAAAGUUGUAGAAGUAAGCAAAAAUGAUGAAACGAUAGAGAUAAAGAAAGAGAGAGAAAAGAAUUAAUCCAUACACCUAACCAAAAGCGUUGUCACAAAGUGCGCCAGAAAACUUGCGUAUGGUUUUACCGCGCUGCAUGUUAUAUCUGCUGCUUCAACGUGUGUGCUGCUUGUGAAAGGGAUAAAACGGCAGUCUGUUUGGAGAAAGAUUUAGCAAAAACCGAUGACGUGAUUAAUAGAUAACGGUAUUGAAAAAAAAACUGCAAAUAAAAAAAGGUAACAAAAAAUAUGCACUAAACCAACCAACACCAUCACACAAGUCCCCCCUUUCCCAAGUAAAACACACCCACACACACACAAAGACACACAAGAUCAUUAAACACACUAAAACCUACCCUUCGCACGUCUAAGCUGUAGAACAAACACAACAACAAAAAACUAAACAAAAAGAAACAGGAACACAACUAUACGAGCGGAAUGAUGCAAAAACAAAAGAAAAAAAAAUGCAAAAUAAGAAAGUUUCUCUCUUUCAUCUUCAACUCUUAAAUCUAAACCAAUUAUUACUAAAAAAACAAAACGAAAGUGAAAAAAUACAAGGAAACAACAAGAAACGGUGGGCUAAUGGGAAAAGUUGGAGUCUGUAAGUUUUAGACACGGAAAUGAAAAGGGGAAAAAAUUAAUAGUAAUCAAAGCAUGUUUCUUUCUCUUUUAGAAGAGUCAAACAUCGGUCGAAAUAAAUUGCAGCUAAAACAAACAAACAAAAAACGCGAAUGUAAAGGAUAAGAGAAGAUGAAAGGAAAAUUGUAUGAAAAGAAAACCGAAAACGAAUAACUCUCCCUCUAAUGGGGCGCCCUAAUACAGAUGGGAGGAAGUGUCGUGUUUUGUAUCGUCGUUACGUUCCGGCUCAGUUUCUCCAUUCGCGCUACAAGUAAUGAAUUUGUAAAUUCGGCUCAGUUUGUAGCAUCUUUUUGGGGGUACGUGUAGGAACAGUAAGAACAGAAAACCAAAUAACCAAACUAAUGGAUACACACUUUCUACUACCAAAUACCAAUGACUUUACCAUGCAAACCAAGCUACUAUUUUAACAAGGAAACACACACUUAAUGGAUGAUUCAUUCUAAAGCGAAUAUGUGAAAGAGAGAGAGAGAGAGAUAGAGAGAGACACAAAUGCACUGCAAUAGAGGAAUAUUAGGACCUUCUCCCUUCCUUUUCCCAUCUUCCCGCGGUCCGUGGUGUUAUCCGCUUUCUCAUCCCGCAAGCAGAAAAUGGGGUUGGACAAAUAAACACAACAGCACACAGCAACUCCUCGCAACUCAAAUCAUACAUGCAAAUUUGCUACAAAAAAAAUGGAAAUAGUACGACGAGCACACACACUCAUACAACCAAUACAUAAUUAUCACGCAUUUUGUCAUAAACCAACACUUAAAGAACAAGAAAAACAAUCGAAGAAAAGCAUGAUAGCGGUAGGAUGUGGAGCGCAACUUUAGCAGGAGGAGGUGCGUGUGGGGGUGGCUGGUGCCUAUUGAUGGAUGGAAUGAUAGGACGAGAAGGAUGGUACUUGAAACAAUCAAAUAAAGCAACACCCUCAAAGAGAAAGAGAAAGAGAGACGAGACGAGAUAGGCAAGGGACGAGGCAUAAAGACGGUUAAAACUUCACAAAACCUCUGUGGGAAUAAUAAAACAGCAACUACAAACCAAGACACACAGUACAGAACACAUUCCAUGGGAUAACAACAUCCAUAUUAGUCGCUUUUCAUAGUUAAAAAUAAAGAAAUCAGAAAAUA